ACAGUUUCAGUAAAUGAAUUACUUGAAGAAAUUUAGAGUAACUUCUCCAUUCCCCUACUACUAUGACCAACAAAAAGCAAUCAGCUAAAUCAUUGGCUGUUCUUGCCCUAGACGGUUAUCAUACAUAAAUAAUAAUAAAUAAUAAUAAUAUUAUGUAUAUAUAUUUUUUGGCGCGCAUCUGCGAUGUCGAGGUUGCGAUAACGCUAAUUAAUUAAAUUGGAAUUGGAAUUGUCUGGGGGUGGUGAAUUAUUGUCCUUAGCUUAAAUCUGAUUGUUUAUGUCUGGUAGUAUUUGUAGCUAAAAUUUUUAAAGUUAAUUAGAGGUUUUUUUAAGGCUAUUUAUGCUUAUUUAGACUUGACUGUAAAUAGAAAUAGAAAUAAUAAUAAUAAUAAUAAUAACACCAUCUUUUUGCAUACUACAUUCUCAUUCUCAAUAUGGCCAGUGACGAAGAAGUAACAGAAUUUUCUUCGUUAGUAGCUAGAAGACCAUCACAUACAUUUCUAGAUGUACCAAUUGGAUCAUUCAAAGGUCCUAAUUCCCUUCAUAAUUUUGCUAGUUCAUUUACAAGAGCUCAAUCAUUUGCUGCAUCUAAAAUUGAUAAUGAUAUUCAUAAGAAACGUUCAUUCUUUGUAACUGAUGAAGAUGGUGGAAUUGAAAGUUUUGAUGAUGAAUUAUUUGAUCCAGAAUUAAUGGUACCAUCAUCUCAUGGUGAAAGAUUAAGUAUUGUUAUUCAUGAUAUAUCCAAUAGAAAUCAAUUAUUUAUGAAUAAUAUUGAUUAUAAUGUAUCACCUAAUAAUGAUGUAUUUUACCAUGAUGAUGUACUUAAUGCUUUAGAUGAAUCUAGAUCAAGACAGAAUUCUUAUGGUGGUAUACCAAUUAAUAGUAUAAGAAGACCAUUCCCAUCUCCUUCAUUUUCAAGUUUUAGAUCAAGUAUUUCAUUAGCAACUACGGCAUCUCAAUUUAAUUUAAAAAAAAUUGAAGAUAAAAAUGGUAAUGUUGUUACAGUUUUAGCAGGUCAAUCUACAGCCCCACAAACAAUAUUUAAUUCAAUUAAUGUAUUAAUUGGGGUGGGACUUUUAGCUUUACCAGUAGGUAUAUUAAAAGCUGGUUGGGUUAUUGGUGUACCAGUUUUAAUUCUUUGUGGACUUGUUACCUAUUGGUCAGCAUGUUUAUUAUCAAGAGCCAUGGAUACUGAUAGUACUAUUAUGACUUAUGCUGAUUUAGGGUAUGCAGCUUAUGGAUCAUCAGCCAAAUUAAUUAUAUCAUUAUUAUUUUCAGUUGAUUUAUUAGGAGCUGGUGUAGCAUUAAUUGUCCUUUUCAGUGAUUCAUUAUAUGCAUUAUUAGGUGAUGAUGUUGAAUGGACUAGAACAAGAUUUAAAUAUAUUAGUUUUUUAAUCUUAACUCCAUUUACUUUUAUGCCAUUACCGAUCUUAUCAAUCUUUUCAUUAUUUGGAAUUAUGGCUACAAUUUCAAUGACAGUUUUAGUAAUGAUAUGUGGAUUUUUAAAAUCAGAUGCUCCAGGAUCAUUAUUACAAAUUAUGCCAACAAAUAUGUGGCCAAAUUCAAUACCAGAUAUUUUAUUAGGUAUUGGAAUUUUAAUGGCACCAUUUGGUGGACAUGCUAUAUUCCCAAAUUUAAAGAGUGAUAUGAGACAUCCAUAUAAAUUCGAUAGUACUUUAAAAGUAACAUAUACUAUUACUCUUAUAACUGAUUUAUCAAUGGGAAUAUUAGGAUUCUUAAUGUUUGGGCAUUAUUGUAAUAAUGAAAUUACUAAUACCCUUUUAUUAACUCCAGGUUAUCCUACAUGGAUUUAUCCAUUAAUUAGUGGACUCAUUUGUUUAGUGCCUCUUGCCAAAACUCCAUUAAAUGCGAAACCAAUCAUUUCUACAUUAGAUGUUUUAUUAAAUUCUAAUGCUAAUAUAGAUGAUCCAUGGUUUACAGCAUCUAUAAAAUCUACUAGUAGAUUUAUUAUUAGAGUAGGUGUAAAUGCUACAUUUGUUGGUUUAGCAAUAUUAUUUCCUGAAUUCGAUAGAAUUAUAGGAAUCCUUGGUGCUUCCAUUUGUUUUAUUAUUUGCAUUAUUUUACCUUGCUUAUUCUAUUUGAAGUUAUGUGGAAGUAAAGUAUCGGGAUUUGAAAAGUUUAUAGUACAAGUUACAGUACUCAUUUCUUCUGUUUUAGCUAUUCUUGCUACUUGGGCAGUUAUUAGCUUUUAAUUAUCUAACUAACUAACUAACUAACUAACUAACUAACUAACUAACUAACUAACUAACUAACUAACUAUCUAUAUAUAUUUAUCAUUCAUUAUAAAAGUCAUAUUACUAUACGAAUAUUAUAAUUACUCAAUUAGACUGAUGUGCAUAUAAGCAGCACAGACCCCUGAUUUUAAACUUUAAUUCCGGACCGGAAGUAUCCCUACCCUCGGAUAAAGAUGUUUCGUCUAGACCGGAAUUUUUAAUUGUGUAACUGGAACUGUUAUUAGAUAAUUGUUCAAUAAUAA